CUUUUCUUUUCUAAAGAAUUAAAUAUGGGUUACAACGAAUGGUCUGAUGAUGAAAAUAUAUCUCGUAAUCAUGGUAGAGAUAAGUUUCGUCAUGAACGUAGUCUAGAGCGUGAUAGAUAUGGUGAAGAGUAUGACCGUUAUGACCGAAAGAAGCGCGGUCGACGUAGUCCAACUCCUCCUGAAGGUAUUAUUAUAUAACAGAGGAACCUACACAUACACACACAUUUUUCUUUUUCUCUCUCUCUCUCUCUCUCUCUCUCUCUCUUUCUCUCUCUAUCUCUCUCUCUAUCUAUCUAUCUCUCUAUUUCUCUUUUUAUUCUUAUUCUUUUAUUACUUGUCUUGAUCCAACCAUCGUUAUGUAGACCGUCGACACAAAAGAAGACCAUCUUAUUCACCUCCACCAAUGAGAAGCUAUCCUAGGAACAAUAGAGACUACAGAAAUGAUCCAGAAACUGAUCACUAUAUCCCCAACUAUGAGCGUGAUGGAUAUGUUCCUGGUCCUCGCAAUCCCAAUAUGAAUGCAAAUGGCUAUUCCAUGAUGGAUAUGGUGAACCCUCAAAUGAUAAAUCAAGGUUGGAGUGGGGGUAAUGGCAAUGGCAGUGUGGGAAGGUUUCCCCUUGUCGAUCCCGCACAAUUGGACUAUCUUGUUUCGUUCAAACAAUUCUCAGAAUACACGAAACGCACAAGCAACAGACGCAUUGACGAUGAAGACAUGCAGAAACGAUUUGCUCAUUACAAGGAGAAGUUUGCUGCUCGUCAACUGGCUCAAUUCUUCACGGCCAACAAGGAUAAGGAAUGGUUUCAAGAAAAAUAUCAUCCUACUAUUUCUCGUCCACGACAAGAGAAUGUCAAGGAACGCAGACGUCGCUACUUGAAUGAGUUUCUACAGGAAUUGGAAAGCGGGCAGUAUGAUGAUGUCUGCUUUGAUAAAGAUAGUUCACCUACUACACAAGAAGAAGAAAAUGAACCUGCAGAACCUGUGGAGACAACUGAAGACGAUACAAACGCCGAAUUUGAAUCCAGACUUGUCAUCAAAACAGUACCCCCUACGAUUGCAAGGGAGAAGAUUUUAGAGAUGUGUAGCAAAGUAGAGGGUUUUGAUUAUCUCGCACUUUCAGAACCUAGUCCAAACAAGAAAUUCCAUCGUAUUGGAUGGAUCAACUUUAAGCCAGGCACAGAUAUCAAAAAGGCAUUUGAGCAAUUGGACAAUCAAAAAGUGGAUGAUUUUCUUUUCCACUUGGCCAUGAAUCGCAAAAACACACCUCAGAAUCGUGUGCCUCGUAUUGCUCCUGACAUUGCCAACACAACAGAGCGUUUACAGAAAGAUUUAGAACAAGCCAAAGAGCUUGCUCUUGCUUUAGAGGCUUUGUUAGGUGAAGAUAUGCCAGAAGGCUUAAAGGCUGUGGAGUCGCGUGCUCAGACACUGACAGAUGUGCAAGACCCAGUCAAAAAGACAUUAGAUAUGAUCAUUGCUUACCUAAGACGUGUGCAUAUGUAUUGUUACUAUUGUGCUCUGGAAUGCGAUUCAGUUGAGGAAUUAUCAAGAAAGUGCUUUGAGCCACAUUGUCGUACAACCACUACCUCUGCUGAAGAUUCCACAACAGACCCCAAGCAAGCAGCUAAAAACGAAAGAGGAAUUCAACAAUGGGCCAAGAAUCUGGAUCAGAAAAUUUCUUUAAAGAUUCAUACGCCAGACGAUCGUGAAAUCAAACGUUUAGGUGGUCGUGUUUUACAAGCUGAACUUGAUGAAUUUGUGAAAGAACAUGUACUAAAAGAACAUGAAUCCAAAUUUAAAUGUCAAGUGGGUGAAUGUUCAAAAGCAUUCAAGGGUUUUGAUUAUGUAGAAAAGCAUAUUCUUUCCAAGCACCCUGAAGAAAUAGACCGUAUCAAGGCUGAAGUUGAAUAUUACAAUAGUUAUGUGCUUGACCCUAAUCACAUUAUGCCCAACACAACACCCAAUGCCAAUCAAACCAACAUGAUGUCACUGCAGUCUGUGCCCUUCCACCCUCAACAAUUCAUGCUGACUCCUCCCAAUAUGCGUAUGCCACCUGCUGCAGCUAUGGCUGGUACACCUUGGGAUCAAAUACCUCGCGUUGGCUUUGGUGGUGGUGCUGAUACCUGGGGUGCUACUGGCAGAAGAUCUCGUCCUGCAAGUAGCAGUGCUGCUUUGAUGAUGGAUUUGGAUGAGUCUAUGCCUAAAGAUCCUCGUCAAGUGAAGUCUUAUGUUGACCUAGAUGCUCCUGCUGAAGGCGAUGCUAAUAUUUCAUUCUAUUAAGCAUUCGUAUUAUAUAUAUACAAAGAAUAAAUCCAAUGUC